AUGUUAACACAAGAACAAAUUGAUCGUUACGAACAAGAUGGUUUUUUUGUUUUGAAACAAUUGCUGACACUUGAUGAAUGUGAAAAGUUGAAAAUAGCCGCUAAUCAAUUGAUCGAUAAUUGGGAACCAGAACCAGUAUAUUCAUGGAUAUUUCUAAGUGAUAAAGAUAAAGCACAAGCCAGAUCACAACGAAUGAUCGCUAUUAGCGAUAAACUUUCAUUUAGGGUCGAAGAAGAUGCUAUUGAUCCUCACACAGGUAAACUUAAUCGCGACAAACAUCUUAGUGUAAGUAGAAUUGGUCUUGCUCUUCAUAACUUCGAUCCUCAAUUCAAAGAAGUGACAUUUUCAGAUAAAAUCAAAGCGAUUGUACACGAUCUCAAAUUUAUAAAACCUGCCAUACGUCAAACAAUGUACAUCUUUAAACAGCCAUUUAUUGGAGCAAAAGUGGCACCCCAUCGAGAUGCAACAUAUGUGUUCAAUGAACCAUUCAAAGUGGUGGGCAUCUGGAUUGCUCUUGAGAAUGCUACUAUCGAUAAUGGUUGUCUUUGGUUUAUACCUAGGUCAAAUUUGAAACCAACCCAACGACGUUUCAUUAGAAAUCCCAGUCAACAAGAAUUCAACGAAGGCAAAGUGCUCAUUUACACAGAAGAAGAAGAACAAUAUGAUAAUAGUGCUUUUGUUCCUGUAGAAAUCAAAGCUGGUGAUGCCAUCCUUAUUCAUCCUCAUGUCGUGCACAAGAGUGAACAAAAUAAAUCACCUAUUUCAAGGCAAAUCUACGGAAUUCAUAUUAUGGAAAUGUACAAUUCAAUUUACUGUAAAGAGAAUUGGCUUCAACCAGCGGUGCCAUUUUCACUACUCUACGACGAAUGA